GGUGAUAUCGGGCUCGGCGUGCACCCACUGCAAGACGAGCCUGGGCGACGAGGAGGAGUUCAUGCAGCACCUGCAGCAGCACAGCUCGACGAACCCGGGCCUCCAGCAGCAGCAGCAACUGGUGCUCCCGACUGCCUGCGUCAUCUGCCGGCAGACGCUCGUCUCCGAGAUGGAGGCCCGGAUCCACGCGAGGUUCCACCUCCACCGAGGGCAGAGCGAGGCCUCCUCGUCGACGUGCUGCGUCUGCCUCCAGCCCUGCGACCGGAGGGACCUCAACGUCGGCAUAUGCAGCGAUUGUCUCCGCAAGCAGUCCUCCAAGGCCUCCAUCGUACGAUGUCCCGAGUGUCAGAUCACCUUCGACGGGCCUCUCGCACUGGAGGCGCAUCUCGCGUCCGCGCAUAGGAAGAAUUAUCAGUGCAUCAAAUGCCAAAUAAGCCUAGAGACGGAGCAAGAGAUGCAACUGCACGUGGCCUCGCACAUGCUGUCGGACGGGCUGAGCGGUCUGGAGUGUCGGCUGUGCCUGCGGGUGCUCGGCUCGCCGCUGCAGCUCCAGACGCACCUGAUCGAGCACACGUUCGCCGGCUGCCCGGCGUUCACCUGCUACAUCUGCAGCUCCGUCUUCACGGCGGCCGCCGGGCUCCAGUCGCACAUCCUCGAGCACGGCCUCGCCGCCCGCCCCUACGACUGCCCCCGCUGCAGCUCCCGCUUCUUCUUCCGCGCCGAGCUCGACAACCACAGCUUCAUCCACCUCGAGGAGGACGCCAUCGGCGCCGACCUCACUAAG